UAACUCGGUCAUUCAUUCUGCCUUCAGCCAGCUGUAACGUAACCUGGCAUCAUUGUACUCAGAAUACUUUAAAUUCUUUAUGGUAGUUAGUGAAUGGCGUAUUUGGUAUUUAAUAUGCUCAAAUGGAGUGAUUAAUUUUGGCAGCGACUUUUACAUUAAAUUUGUAAUUCUUUGGAAAAUGGCACCGAAUUUAUUAUUAAAGGCUGGAUUUGUUCGUGGAGAUUAUGAUUCUAAGGAAACAGUUGCAAAGUGUAGAACAGACUUCAUUCUUCAAAACGUUUAUUUCCUUGUUAUAAAAAAUGAUAGUACUUUUAAACCUAUGUCAGCAGUGAACUCUAAAGAAGAAAGGGUUUUUAUGAUUUACAAAGCCAUAAUCGAAGAAUUUAGAGACUCUUAUACAAAUACAAUUCAAAACAUGACUAAAAGGAUGCAAAAUGUUCCUCUGGAAUUUAUAUCUCAACUUCUGCAAACUGUGUCAGCAGAAUUAUUUUGUGAAGGCAUUACAUGGAGUAAAGUGAUUGGUUUUUUCGUGUUUGUUGGUGAAUUAGCUCUGCAGCGAAUUACAAAUGAUAAAUCGGGCGAUGCAACUAAGAAAAUAUAUGAGUGUUUUUGUAGGCAUGUAAAAGAAACUUUGAUAACUUGGGUGGAAGAUAAUGGUGGUUGGGAGGGUCUGGAAUGUCUAAGCUUAAAAAACGAUUCUGCUUUGAAAUUAGAUGCAACCACUUCAGAUUUAAAUACUACCAAAUCUUCUGAGCAAGUAUGGUAUAAAAGUUUUGCGACUGGUGCUUUUCGAGUAGUUGGUACAUUGUUCCAACUUGCUUCUCCUCAUGUGCAGUCUUAUGCAUAACAAUAUGUAAUUCGAUUGAUAAACCUGAAUGUUUCUAAUUUUUGGUGAAUUUUUUGUUACAAAAAUGGUUAUGAUUUCAAAAUAUUCUAAUGACCAGAAUUAUUACAUAUUAAACAUUCUUUGCAAUUC